CUCAGCAUUACAGCACAGUAUGCCAGAGCUAAUGGCCUGGGUAGCCAACACCUAACAUCUUCAAUGUCUGCCUCAGCUAAGGCCCAGGGUAGCUAACACUUAAGGCCAAUUUCCACCAGAACCGUCACGGAAGCGGCACGGCAGCGAAGUGCCUGUGUUCCUUACUGCAAUCCCCACUGAAAGCGGUACAGGCAAAUUCCGGCUGAUGGCUCAAGACGUGCAUAGUUAUAAUAGGCCUAUAUGAAUUAUAAAAAUUAUGAUGAUUAGAAUGAUUCAUACAAUAUUAUUCACGAGUUCACGAUAUUCAAUCCCUAAACAUCAAUAUUAUAACCCAUUAAAUACAAUGCAAGUAUCGUUAACAAAGUGCCGGUUUGGGAAGGGCUCCAUGCCGUGCCGUGACCGUAUCCAGUGGAAUAGCCUACAUUGACUAUAAUGGUUCCUAUUAUUUUCGGCGACCGUUUUACUACCGUGGCGCUUCCGUGCUGGUUCUGGUGGAAUUUUGCCUUUAGCAUCUGAACAGAGUCUGCUAAUGCUAAUGCCCAGGGUAGCUCACACAUACCAUCUGAACAGCGUCUGCUAGAGCCAACACCCAAGGUUGCUCAGGUUUAGCAUCUGUGGGUGGGUGUGUGUGUGUAACUGCUUACACUCCCUGUCUCUCAGCAGGAGGUGCAGUGCGUGCAGGAGCCAUGUGCCUCCCUCAGGCCAACAACAUGGAGACCAAGCUGCAGGGGGGUGGGGCUUCACUGGGGGGCGGGGCUGCUCUGGCACCAAGAGGAGGGGUUUCCCUGGAGCCCUUUGUCCAUCAGGUAGGCGGUCACACCAGCAUGAUGCGCUACGAUGACCACACGGUGUGUAAACCUCUGAUCAGCAGAGAGCAGCGCUUCUACGAGUCCCUUCCACCCGAGAUGAAAGAGUUCACCCCCGAAUACAAAGGCGUGGUGCUGGUGUGUUUCGAAGGGGACUCUGAUGGCUACAUCAACCUGGUGGCCUACCCCUACGUGGAGAGUUGUUCAGAGGGGGCGGGGGAGCACGAGGAGAGGGAGUUCCCCGAGAGGGAGCAGCCCAGGAGGAAACAGUCCCGCCGCAGCCUCCACCGCUCCUCCUCCUCUGCCGAAUACAAGGACGAGCGGGCAGACCGGAGGGAGGUGCUGGAGAGCGACUCCACCGAGAGCCUGGCGGACCUCAAGAGCCCGAGGCUGGAGCUCCACAUCCACUCUGAAGUUCCCUUCCAGAUGCUGGACGGGAACAGCGGCCUGGGCUCAGAGAAGAUCAGCCACAACCCCUGGAGCCUGCGCUGCCACAAGCAGCAGCUCAGCCGCAUGCGCUCCCAGUCCAAGGACCGAAGGCUGUACAAGUUCCUGCUGCUGGAGAACGUGGUGCACCACUUCCUGUACCCCUGCAUCCUGGACCUGAAGAUGGGGACGCGGCAGCACGGGGACGACGCCUCAGAGGAGAAGGCUGCCCGACAGAUGAGGAAGUGUCAGCAGAGCACCUCCGCCAGCCUCGGGGUCCGGCUCUGUGGCAUGCAGGUGUACCAGGUGGAUACGGGCCACUACCUGUGUAGGAACAAGUACUACGGCCGCAGCCUGACCAUGGAGGGCUUCCGCCACGCCCUGUACCAGUACAUGCACAACGGACUGGGCCUCCGGCGCGACCUAUUUGAACCAAUCCUCAGCAAGCUGGGCAGCCUGAAGGCGGUGCUAGAGGGGCAGACGUCCUACCGCUUCUACUCCUCGUCGCUGCUCAUCAUCUACGAGGGGAAGGAAGCCGAAGGCACGGCAGUGCCCCUCACUGAGCAGCAUAAGGUUCCACAACCUCCCCCGGAUGCACAUCGUGGCCCCUGGCCCCAACCUCCUCCAGACUCACAGAGUGGCCCCUGGCCUCAACCUCCUCCAGACUCACAGAGUGGCCCCUGGCCCCAACCUCCUCCAGACUUGCAGAGUGGCCCCUGGCCCCAACCUCCUCCAGACACACAUAGUGGCCCCUGGCCUCAACCUCCUACAGACACACAUAGUGGCCCCUGGCCUCAACCUCCUCCAGACUCACAGAGUGGCCCCUGGCCCCAACCUCCUGCAGACACACACAGUCCCCCCUGGCCCCAACCACCUACAGACACACACAGUCCCUCCUGGCCCCAACCUCUUCCAGAACCACACAGUAACCCCUGGCCCCAACCACCUCCAGAACCACACAUUGGCACCAAGGUUCCACCUCCGUCAGACCCAAACAGUGCUCCCUGGCCCCAACCUCCGCCAGAGCCACACAUUGGCCUCAAGGUUCAACGUCCAUCAGACCCAAACAGUGGUACCUGGCCCCAACCUCCGCCAGAGCCACACAUUGGCACCCGGGCUCAACCUCCAGAGCACGGCCAACCGCAGAUCUCUUCCGGUCAGGGGGACAUCUCCAUGACGACAAAACCGGGGGUGGGGCCAGGGACGAGAUUACCGACAGAGGGGAUAACCUCACUGCCUCCCCCUACUCAGAUAGUCCCCCUCACAGCCUCAAACUGUAACGCCCCUCCACCCAGCCACACCUCCACUGCACCGCGCCCAGAAGCCCCUCCCCCAAGCCACCCCGUGCCCACACUGCGCCCAGAAGCCCCUCCGCCCAGCCACCCGUGCUCCACACCGCACCCAGAAGCCGUUCCCACAAGCCACCCCUGCCCCGCAACGUGUCCCGAAGCCCCUCCCCCCAGCCACUCCUCCCCUGCCCCCCGCCCAGACGCCGCUGCCCCCCUGGUAGACCUGCGUAUGAUAGACUUCGCUCACUCCACCUUCAAGGGUUUCCGUGACGACACGGCGGUGCACGACGGGCCGGACCGCGGCUACGUGCUGGGACUGGAGAGUCUGGUCCACAUCCUGGAGGACCUGAGGGAUAACAGCCUGGCGUAGCACACACACAUGCACACAGAAACACACACACACACCUUACAUAUAUGCAAACACACACACAGAAACACACACAACACACACACAUUCUCUGGGUUUUGUGUCGUCCCCCCUCGUUUUCUGUAAAUAUGGACCAUGGUCAUCGUUCUCCUUGUCGUCUCCAUGGCAACACAAUCACCAUUCUGAAGACAUCAGAGAGGCUUCGGUUGCUAAGAAACGGCCACGGAAAUUUCCAGGGAGCCAACAUGGCCGAUGCAGGACUGCAGGUUGAAAACCUGUGUGUUGGGUGGCCACGCCCAUGCAGACUGUCACCACUGUGACAGUGGGACAGAAGUAAGGAUCAUGGGAGAAUAAGGGGGAGGGGCUUCAAUCAGCCACAACUGCCUGGCACUUUCCACAAUGCAUUGCCUUGACCGUCUGAGCAUUAAGAGACUAAGACUGGUUGGGGCUUCCUCCAGCUGUAGCCAAUCCCAUCGUGACAAUCUGCUCAUGUGACCAGUUAGAGCACAAACACAGGAACCGCCCUUCAUUAUACCUACUUCAAUAUAGAAACCGUGUUGUUGUACCACCAUAGUACUAUUGAACCAACAUGUUGAAAGCAAGAUAAUAAUGAAUAGUGAAGGAAGUAAGUUAAUAAUAAUGAAUAGUGAAGGAAGUAAUAAUAUUAAUGAAUAGGAUACUUAAAAAGGUUUAUUGUAGAAUGUAGUCGAGCGUCAGGGAUAGCUUAGUGUUAGGAUGCUUGGAGGUAUUCAGUAGAACAUGGAGACUAUCUCACUGAUACUGUAAAGCUGUAAAACAUUCUUGAGAGCUGAGAUGUAUCUUUGCUCUCGCUGUGCUCUCCAUUCUCGUUUUAAACUAGCUUUAAAAUCACUGCAGCAGAGAAAGCCCCCAGUAGUGCAUGGGGCUGGAUUCCAAGCGAACAGCUAGCUUUUAAACCCAAUGUCUGGCCUAACUGAUAGCCAACACUAGAAGCUAACAGCUAGGCUAGGUCUGGGGAUUUAAAUCUAGCAGUAAGGCCAGCCCUGUCUUGGACUAAAAAGCCACAGAAUCAUAAAAACCUGUUAACGGGUCCCUGGAUGACAAGGCAACAGAAGUUAAUGGACAUACUAACUUCUCUGGAUGACAAGGCCACUGAAGCUAUCGGACAUGCUAACUGGUUUCCAGAUGACAAGGCAGCAGAAGCUAACAGACAUACUAACUUGCCACUAGAUGAAAAAGCAACAGAAGCUACGGGACAUGCCAACUGGUCUCUAGGUGAAAAUGCAACAGAAACUAACCAAUAUGCUAACUGAUCUCUGGAUGGUGAGGCAACAGAAGCUUGUGGAUGUGAUUACAAGCCUCUGGAUUAAAGGCAACAGAAACUCAUUGUCUGGCGGGGUUCUGAAAAGCUAACAUAACUAACGAGAGGGGUUCUGCAGAGCUAACCAUGGCUAGUGGGGUUCUGCAGGGCUAACUCUGGCUGGUGGGCUUCUACACAGCUAACUGCGGCUAGUGGGGUUCUGCAGGCAUAACAUGCUAACUAUGGCUAGAGGGGUUAUGCAGAGCUAACAGGCCAACUGUGGCUAGUGGGCUUCUGCAGAGAGGACAAGGUGUGAUUGGUCCUCUGAUCUGUGAUAGAUGUAAGAAAAAAAAAUCUUAGAUAAAGUAUUAUACAAUAGUCACCCAAAAGUAUCUGUUUAUUGUUUAUUUUUGUUGCAUGGAUGAAUAUUUUUUUAAAUAUUAUAAUAUUACAUCUUUAUGACACCUUUGAAUGUGAUCUAUAAAACAUUU